AUGUUAUCUACGACCUUAGUCCUACUGAAUGCUCUGCUGCGAAAUAAAAAAUAUAGACCUCUCUUGUUGGUAAUAAAGGGAUUUCGAAACGGAGCGGUCUAUGGAGCAAAAGUCAGAUUUCCACAUGCAUUUGUCAACUCAUUUUUAUUCAAGACUGCAACAUUCCAAGAGCAUGUUAGAGCCAUAAUCAAAGCAACCUAUACACAUUCAAGAAACUUGGCUUCCUACGUGGCCAUAUACAAAAUAAUUAGCAUAUUCUUGCAAAGAUUCAACAUCCUUCAAAAUUCUAAAUAUGGUGUAAACCACUUUCUAGCAGCUGUUAUCGGGGGAUUUUGUGUCUUUGGUCAGGAAAACAAAAUCAAUGAGCAAAUAAACUUGUACCUGCUUUCCAGGGUGAUUUACGGAUUGGUAAAAUUACUGGCAAACAAAGGGUACAUCUAUUCACCUAGCAGAAAGACAAGUUUUUCAAUGUUCGGUUGCCUAGUCUGGGGACUGGCAGUGUGGCUCUUCGAAAUGAACCAAGGUAGCGAAAGGGUUCUCCAGCCAUCCUUGCAGUCAUCAAUGACUUAUUUAUAUCAUGAUAGUAACUUAUGGUCCAAUGUUGAUGACUUUUUGUUCAAAAAUAGGCCGUAG